AUGCCAACCAAGACUGGCGUCCGCACCACGAAGGCCCAGCGAACCCAAUCGAGCUUGUCUGCCGCAGAGAGCGCCCGCCGAGUGCUGGUGAGCUACGCUGACGAUGCUGUAGCCGUCGGCAACAGCGAUGUCGACGAGCUCAGCGGCCCCGAACCAGCGUCCGAGACAUCAGUAGAUGAUCGUGCUGCAGCCAUGACUGCCAGACAAGUCAAAGCUGAUGUCGACCAAGCACUUGCCGCCUACGAGCAAGCAGCUAUCGCGACCAAAGCUGUCUACACGCAAUCAGUUGAAGAGAUGAAGGCAUCGGUUGCAGAGUUCAAGGCUGAGGUCAAAGAUGAAAUCGAGAAGCUUCAAGCCGCGGUGGGCACAAUGAUGCAGUCGUUUGCAGAGGAUAUCAAGUCGCUCAAUGCAAAAGCACUUGAAGAGAUCCAGGCGGCCAACGCUGAGUUCAUGAUUGAGAUCAAAGCCGAAAUCGCAAGACAUCAUGCCGCAGUGAUUGAAUGCGUGCGCACCGAGAUAAGAGGGCGAGAGGUGCCAUCAUCGCAGCCCAACACGCAGCCGCAGUUGGAGCCCGACCCGACCAGUACCGCUUGCAAGCCCCUCCACGCAGCCAGGGCCUCCAGUGCCGCUGGCGCAGUACGCAGAGCAAGAGCUCCUCCCGUCCGGGCAGCCUGUACUCACCUUUCAAGACUUCCUGGACUUCCUGAACAACCAAAACUACCAACCCUACUCAAGGCAAACACGACCAACUUAGGUUUGCCCACUGCAGCAGCAGCAGCAGCAGCAACCUUACCAGCCAGACUCCGGGCCGCCAAAUCCUCGCAAGCGUCGUGCCCCAUGAAGGUGGCGGUACACUUCAUCAUCUUGAUAUCAUCCUUGCACAGUACCAUGAUACUGUAA